CCCUCCUGCGCGCCCUCGUCCGCCUCGUCCCUGCACUCCUCGUCCGCCUGCUCCUCCGCCUCCUCGUCCUCGGGCUCCGCGUCCUCCGACGACGAGUUCGACGACGACCUGCUCGACCUGCACCCUAGCGCAAACUUUGAGAGCAUGUCGCUGGGCAGCUUGAGCUCGUCGUCGGCGCUGGACCGGGACCUGGAUUUUAACUUCGAGCCCGGUUCCGGCUCGCACUUCGAGUUCCCGGACUACUGCACGCCCGAGGUGAGCGAGAUGAUCUCAGGAGACUGGCUGGAGUCCAGCAUCUCCAACCUGGUCUUCACCUACUGAGGGGCGCGCGGGGCGUGGGAGGCGAGUGGAGGAGAAGGCGGAGAAGGAGAAAAGAAAAGAAAAAAAAAAAAAAAA